GCGUGGUUUUCCCCUUUUGGAUCAGGGAGCAGGUUACAGAAGUGAGUAGAGGUGGAGCAGACGCUGCGGGGCAGCCAGUGUCACAUGCAGGCAGACACAGCUUCUGGACGCUCGGGCUGCACACAUGCCACAUCCAACUGUGCAGAUGAGCAAGAAGAGAAACCCAAUCAAGACAGUCCUGAGCAAACUGAAGAACAUCGAUGUCUCCCCCCCGGAGGCUGGCCCCCUCCUGCCUAAUAAAGGCCAGCCCAAAGACAAGCCGUGCCUGAGAAAAUUAAAGGAAAGUUUAAAAUUUGAAGUUCCUCUCACCAGUUAUGUGAAACUGAAAAACAAAGUGAAUCUGGUUUGUGACCCUCGGGAGAACUGUAAGUCUGGAGAAGAUCAGUUCAAAAGUCUGAUGAGCAAAAACGAAUACUACGAAGCUUGUUUACUCAUCCAUGAUGUAGAGCAAAGUGGAAAAUUGGAUGGCAGCAAAUUGUAUGAGAUCAUAGCCCAGAGGAUGUGGACAUCCUUGAGCCUGGCCCUCGAUGGAGAUCCCAAUCAGACUGAGGGUCUUCGCACCAUCUCUCAAUGUAUACAAUGGGCAAAGGAGCAGAAAUGCAUAAAGGGUCCCGACUGGAGCCCACAGGAGUGGGACAAAGAAGUAGAGAGUCUUUUUGACAGUGAUAUUAGGAAGCACAGUCCAAAAGCUGAACUCGACAAAGGCCUGGACCGCUACCUGGAGGAACUUGAGAAGAACAUUUCAGAGGUUAUCAGGAGACUUGAGCAAUUCCCAGAGGUCCUGACUGCUGCUUACCUGAAGCGCCUCCAUGCCGAGUUACUUAAUCAACUCACAUCUUUGCUUGAUAAGAAACUGAAGUAUGACGAUCAUGUGCUGCUGUUUAGAUGGACUCAUAAGGAACACAGAAGGCUGUGCAUGUGCCGGGUUGGAUCAGAGGACUUUGAUCAUAUGCUAUUUGGAAACUGGUUCUUGGACAGUGGGAACAAGAUAGCCUCUACUGGCCGUGAGGCAAUUUACAAGACAUUUGUUGAAAUUCUUCAGAGUGAAAUCGUGUGGAAUUCAUAUCCGGAAAGUGAAGUGCGGUAUUAUUUCACUGACAUCUUGGAGGAAGGAACUCGGAUAUGCAGGGCAGUCGGGGACCUGGGGGACACCAUGGUAUCCAGGCUACAAUCCUUGCUAUGGGAAGAGAUUUUGCAUUUCGUGACCAGGUAUACAGCGUUCCUAACGGAGAAAGUAGAGGGAGCGGCCUCCAAGAACGGGAUAUGUGUUGGGAUAAGAAUUGUAAAGAAUUGCUGCAUUUUACGAAGCACAAUGGAGAAUUUUGGUGGAGUGCCGCUGGAUAUGGAAAUACAGGGAAUUCAGAGCCUUCUCGGGCAGUGUGAGAACAAAGGCAUUGACCUGGUCCUGAGCAAUCUGAAGCCAUCAUUAAAGGAAGCUUUCCAAAAUUACUUCAAGAAGAACUGCAAUGAGUAUGAGAAUGUUCUCAGACGCUUAAAAUGCACCUUCAUGAAGGAGAAUAUUCAGAAUGACCAGACGUUGGUAACACUAAUUCACCACCGUCUUGUUGUCCUGUUCAUUCGUUCGUUUUUCAAAUGCUCAAAAAGAUUAUCCAGUCAGAAUACCGGAGAGAUGUUUUUAAAAGGAAGCCGAAAUCUGCAGGAUUUUUUUUCAGAUAUGGUUUCAGAUCAUUGUCUUCUGUCUAGUAAUCCACUGGACUUCAUAUCUGAAAUGCUGACUGCUAACGACUCCCAGUCUCUACAUACAACCACCAUCUUCUUUGUCGAUAAGCACCAGGACCUAAGGGAGGAACAUCUUAAUGCCAUCUUGAAUAUUAAAGGGAACCUCAGCAGCAAAGAAAAGGAAGAUCUUUUAUAUUACAUACGCAACAGAGAGAUGGACCGCCACCAACACAUGCUCUGCUACUUUGACAGUAUCCAAGUGGAUAAGAGUAAAUUGAAGUAUUUCAUGUGCUGCCCAUGUUAGUCUGUCUGAAACCUGAAGCAAACGACUGAAUGUAUAAAUUAUUUUAUAUUUAAUGUACAGAAAGAGAAAUAUUGUAUAUUGCAAUGGCUCGACUUGUGGCCUUAAGAGAUAAAACUAUUAUUUUGUGGUUGUUUUUUUAAAUAUUUAUUUGUGGAUUUGCAGAAGUGCCCAGGAACCCGAUAGAAUGUGUAAUUUCAUGAGGGGUGCCCAAACUUUUUCAUACGACUGUAACCAUCAAAAAAAAAAUGAAAUCCUGCUUCCCAGACGGUGAGCAGGUGAGUGCUGUUGUAUUACUUUGGACUGUAUACACAUCCACACAAAUAAUAAAGACUGAAGGACCAGG